GUUGUGUGCGCUCAUCGGGCUAUUUCUGUGUCACAAUUUGUGUCCAGUUUCAUUUGAUUAGAUCAUGAAAAAAAAACAGCUUUUUGCAUUAAUCGGCUUUGCUUUGUGAUCACAGUUGGACGCCGGGGAGGAGGAGGGUCUUAAAUUCCAGGCUCAGGCGCAGAUUUUGUUUGUGGCGCAUAUGGAGCAGAAAUCUGAAAUUGCUCAAUUUCAAGGACGCGUGUUUUUAUCUUCGGCGUAUGAUGUGUGUUGACAAAUUGGAUUACCAACCAUAACCACCAGCCUUUGGCGUUCAUGCAGGAAAAGACAAGUGAUAGGAAACAUCAUGGCAUAUGUUGCGAUUCUUAGUUUAAACGCAGCUUUUUUGGUGAUUUGACGACCCAUGGCGCAGGUUUUCAGUGAGGAUGUGAUCACACAGGGAUCUCUGGUUUAUCGCUCCGCUGCAUCCUCACAAAGUCGCUCAUGAUGCCCAGGGCUUUCCGGAGACUGGUUCAUUUGGUGCUCUUCUGCCCUCUGUCAAAAGGUCUGCAGAGUCGCCUCCCUGCCAUCAAGGUGAAGUACCUUCUCCUGGCAUGGCUCGGCAUCCUCAUCGCCAGCUGGGUCAUCUACAUGCAGUACGCCUCCUACUCUGAACUCUGCCGCGGGCAUGUCUGCCAUAUGGUCAUUUGUGAUCACUACAGAAGAGGCAUCAUAUCAGGCUCAUCCUGCAAGGCUCUGUGUGAACAGAGAACUCUAACUCUGCAGCACUGCAUGUCCACCUCCUCCACAUAUCAGGUGUACAGUGGGCUGUGGAAGGAGAGGCCUGUUGUCAUAAAAUGUGGUGUUGAGGAUCCAGUGAAGACUGAAGGCGCUCCUGACUCCGUCCUCAGACAGGAGAUGACUUUAUUCGACAAACCAACACGCGGAACCUCCAUGGAUGAAUUCAAAGAAAUGCUGCAUAGCUUCCUCAAGACUAACCUUGGUGAGCAGCCAUCUUUGAGCACCCUGGUGGACAGGGUCAUCACCCUUGCUGAUGUCAACCAGGAUGGCAAAGUGUCUCUAGCCGAGGCCAAGUCUAUCUGGGCGCUCCUCCAGAUAAAUGAGUUCCUCCUGAUGGUGGCGCUGCAGGAGAAGGAGCACACUGCCAAGCUGCUGGGUUUCUGUGGGGACCUUUAUGUGACAGAGCAGGUGGGCCACAGCUCCCUCUACAGGCUGGAGAUCCCUCAUUACCUGCAGGCUGUGGUACCCGAGGCCUUGAGCUCCAGCCUGAACCACUGGCUGGCACCGUCCUGGCCCCGCAGGGCGCGCAUCACCAUCGGCCUGUUGGAGUUUGUGGAAGAGGUCUUCCACGGCUCCUACGGGAGUUUCCUAAUAUGCGACGCCAGCCCUCGCCAUGUGGGCUACAAUGCAAAGUAUGACUGCAAGAUGGCCAACCUGCGCAGUGUGGCGUCUGAGGCGGUUGUGAGGGGAUAUUUGAGGGGUCGGCGAUGUGAGACGAACGCGGACUGUACUUAUGGUCAGGACUGCACGGCCACAUGUGACCGACUGGUUAAGCAGUGUAACACUGAGGUCAUACAGCCCAAUCUUGCAAAGGUGUGUGUGCUGUUGCAGGAUUAUCUGCUGUUUGGAGCACCCUCAGACCUCCGCGGGGAUCUGGAGAAGCAGCUACGCACCUGUGUGACUCUCAGCGGUCUGGCGAGCCAGAUGGAGGUGCAUCACUCACUAGUCCUUAACAACCUGAAGACCUUACUGUGGAAGAAGAUUUCUAACACUCAGUACUCUUGAGAAACAUGUUUUAUCAGAGACAGUGGCUAUUUAUAUAUAUUUUCAUGCUACACUGACUGUGAAUAAGAGGAAACUGUGAAGUAUACAACAUGAAGCAGCAGAUGAUGCAGACUCUCAUAAAGCCUCAUACAAGGCCCAUUAUGCUGUUGUUUUCCAAUGCAUAAUCUGAGAAGCACAUUCAUCUGGUGAGGCAUUAUAUUCUCAGGGCACUGCCUGUAAGUUAAUUUGUAAAAUAACAUGUGAACCUUAUAACUUAGUUUUUAAAAUAGUUUCAUAGAAUACUCGCUAAUCUGUGUCGUAUGAAGGUCAGAGAAUUGACAUGGUGUGAACGUUUUUUGUAUAAGUGUAUAUGUAAUAUGUAUAAUGUUCCCUGUGCUUACAUGAAUCUCACAGAGAAUAGAAACAAAUGACUGAUGCAAUACUGCAUACAUGAAGAUGAAAGUGAAAUACCAUAACUGAUAUCGACCCAAUAUUGUUAAUGUAAACAAAUCAUCCUGAACAAACUGGAGUUGUAAAGGACAAUCAGACAUGGUAUGAAUUCAAUAAACAUGUUAUCCAUGAAUAAAGUUAUAGAGUCGAGAAGUGGCGACUGUGUGUGUAUCUUUGUCGAAUAUAAUAAUAACAGUCAAUGAGGCAGAA